AUGAAGGCAGCAAUCGGCAUCGUCGGACUCUCUUUAAAACUUAUAGACUCGGCAAUGAGGGUAAAGCGAGUCAUCGGCACGUAUCGAUCUGCUUCGUCCGAGAUCAACCGUCUGGCGCUCAAAGUCGAGCGGGUCGAGGCCAUAUGUGGCGCCAUCAUGAAAAACUUCGAGGGUAGUGACGCGGGCCGCCGGUGCUCUGGACUGAUGGAGAGUUGGGGCGUUUGCGUCUUGCGAGAUAUACAGUCAACACUCGUGGAACUUCAUGGCAUCGUGACCAAGCUCGAGAGGAGGGCGUCCAAGAAGCGCGCUCUUCAUACAGUGGGGUUCUCUUUCCUAGAAAAGAAGGAUGACAUAGCCCGAUUGAGCACUUGCUUGGAAGAAGAUCUGAAUCACUUGCAGCACAUGAUGACUACGGAGACAUUUUCAGUACCUUCCCAGGCUUACCGAAUGGACUGA